AUGUUCAACAUUCAGCAGAACACCAGAAACGUUCCUCACGUGGACGGGAACUACCAUACCAUAUGCUACCUCAAGGUAAACAAUGUGUUGUUCUGCGAGCAGCCCACACAGGCGGAUUCCGACUACACAUACUCGGACACUGAAAUGGACACGGACUCCCAAACGGACCGCAAAAAGGUGAAUCCGAGCCACUUGCACGUGUCUCUGUGCAAGCCGCUGUAUUUGAGGAGGCAGUUCAUCGAUUCCUUCCUGGAAAACCUCAGAGGCUCCUUGCAGCACCUGAAACCUUUCUACCUGAUGCUGGAAAACAAGGUGUCAAUAUGCGCAAGCGAGAACCAGAACCGGUACUUUGCAGUGUCUCUAGUGGAUAAAGCGUGCAGGGACAACACGAUUCUUCCGAUUAUCGACCUCGUGGACAAGGUCGUGAGCUCCUUCGGCUUCGAAAAGUACUAUUCGCAGAGGAAACCGCACGUUUCGCUGGCCUCGACGCGGGACAUAUCGCUGGUUCUGAACGAGCUGUACAAGGCGGUGCAGCCCUCGGAGGAGGUGUACUCUUCGAACUACUGGACGAACCUGGACCAGUACCUGAGCAGGUACGAGAACCUGGUCCCUGAUUCCAGCAACUACUACAACGCGACCUCAGUUAACUACACGUUCGACUUCGCGGCUGCCCAGGGUCCACAGGAGACAAAGAGUGAACAAGACAAGAUUUGCGUUUACGUAGACGAAAUCCACGUUCUGGUGGGAUCUAGAGAUCACACGAUUAAACUAAAUUAG